AUUCCGAUAAUCGAAUAACACGCAAUGUUCGCGAAUAAAAUCGUAUUUAGUUUAAUUUUGAUGUUACAAAUUCUGGUUUUUGUAAAAAGUCAAAAUUAUGAAGAAGAAAAUUAUUGUGACACAUAUUUUAAACGAUGUUUUACCGUAUGUUCGUAUUUGACCAGAACAUGUGUCAGAAAAGUAACAUCAAUAAAUCAUCGUACUCAGGUUAUUAUCGAAGAUUAUUGUGAAGGUGAAUUAGCGACCAGAAAUAUUUACACAAGAGAACCAAAUAAACGCACGGCAAUUCAUAUAGUAUGCAGAUUAAAUGAAGAAACCUACGGGAAUUAUGAUGAUUAUAACGUUCAUAUUAAGAAUAUACAAAACAACGAGAUACAAGCGAAGUAAUUAGGUGAAAUAAUAAAUAUUGAAAAAAUGUUAAUCAAUGAAAUAAAUAAUAAGAUAAACAGUU